AUGGAGACAGGGAAUUACUCUGCUGUGACUGAAUUCUUUCUAGUGGGACUUUCCAGAUACCCAGAGCUUCAGCUUUCUCUGUUCAUGUUUUGCCUCACCAUGUACCUGAUAAUCCUCCUGGGAAACAGCCUCCUCAUUAUCAUCAGCAUCCUGGAUUCACACCUCCACACCCCCAUGUACUUCUUCCUUGGAAACCUCUCAUUCUUGGAUAUCUGUUAUACAUCCUCUUUCAUUCCUCCAAUGCUCAUCAUAUUUAUGUCUGAGAGAAAAUCCAUCUCCUUCUUUGGUUGUGCUCUGCAGAUGGUUGUCUCCCUUGGCUUGGGCUGUACUGAGUGUGUCCUCCUGGCUGUGAUGGCCUAUGACCGGUAUGUGGCUAUCUGCAACCCACUGAGGUAUCCCAUCAUCAUGAACAGGAUGCUAUACAUGCAAAUGGCUGCGUGGUCCUGGAUCAUAGGCUGUCUGAGCUCCCUAGUGCAAACAGUCCUGACGAUGUUGUUACCUUUCUGUGGGAAUGUCAUUGACCAUCCUACCUGUGAGUUGUUGGCUCUUCUUAAACUCAUUUGUUCAGAUAUCACUGUCAAUGUGCUUAUCAUAACAGUGGGAAGUAUCAUUUUCUUAGUGAUUCCCCUACUGUCAAUUUUUAUUUCUUAUGUUUUCAUUCUCUCUACCAUCCUGAGACUUAACUCUGCUGAGGGGAAAAACAAAGCCUUUUCUACCUGUUCAGCCCAUCUGGCUGUAGUAAUUUUAUUCUAUGGUUCAGCUCUUUUUAUGUACAUGAAGCCCAAGUCAAAGGACACAAAGACAUCUGAUGAGAUCAUUGGGCUGUCUUACGGAGUGAUAGCCCCAAUGCUGAACCCCAUUAUCUACAGCCUUAGGAAUAAGGAGGUUAAAAAGGCUGUGAAGAAAGUCCUCAGCAGACACCUGCACUCGUGGAAAAUAUGA